CUGUCAGGUGCAGGCGACACUGCUGAUCAAUCCGUGAUUUCGUUAGCCGAUUCCGCAAGCAAUUUUGAUGAGCAUGUUGGCGAAGAGUUUGAUGAAAUCGAGACCGUCGAGACUGAAAAUGGCCAAGCACUUGACCUUCAAAGCAGAAUAUUCAAUGGUUGGAUGUUUGAUCGCAAACGACCGCAGAAUUUGGAAAUACCUAAGGAUACAGUGACAGUUUUGAAAUACCCGAAAAGUUUAAUGAUUCCCGCCUGUCCUGAAGGAAUCAACCAAUUGAGUUGGAAGAAGGCAUUUGAAGAGGCUACAGUUUAUCUUAUUGGGACCGCCCAUUUCAGUAAGGAGUCACAAGAAGAUGUUAUGAGAACUAUCGCUGCUACUCAGCCAGACUUAGUUAUGGUGGAAUUGUGUCCAAGCAGAAUAUCUAUUUUAUCAAUGGAUGAGCAAACUUUAUUGAGAGAAGCUAGCGAGCUAAACACGCAGAAAAUACUGACAACAAUCAAACAGAGUGGGGUCGUGCAAGGGAUAUUGCAUGUAUUGCUACUCUCCAUGUCGGCUCACAUUACGAGGGAGUUAUCCAUGGCCCCAGGUGGUGAAUUUCGCGCUGCGCACAAGGCGGCUAUGCAGACACAGCUCUGUCGUCUCGUAUUAGGGGACCGACCCAUUCAAAUUACUCUUCAACGCGCCCUAGGAUCGCUCAACUUUUGGCAGAAAAUCAAGUUCUUCUGGCACAUUGCAAUGUCCCAUGGUGCAUCAAUAACACAUGAAGAGAUUUUUGUGGACGAACGUGAUGCAUAUAUGACUCAUGCCCUUCAUUCCCUACUUCAGAAGAAUACCUUUGAAAAACGGGUAUCUUGGGAGCGGAUUGAGGCUGAAUGGCAACCUCUUAUAGUUGUAGCUGUUGUUGGAAUUGGCCAUACUCCAGGAAUUGUCGCUCACUGGAACAAUCCUGUGGAUAUUUCUCCUCUUUUACACAUACCACCACCAUCUAUGUCGGCAAAAGUGGGUACUACCAGUGCUACUAAUUACUUAUCAUCUUGUGAGAGAAGUUUUAUUCUAGUCAAAUAUUUGAAUACUUGGACGAUCCAUCCUCGCUGUUGUUCGGGCCCCAGCACGUUUUCCACUUUUUUGGGGUUUUGCAGGUUUCGCCAUAGUUUUCCUGGAGUUCCGAGGUCAGUUUGGGCAAAAUCUGCCUCAGGUCGUCACCACUACAUGCAGUUGCCGUACUUGUGGAUCAGAGAGAGAUUUGACCCCAUGCGACUAAUUUGA